AUGGCCGCCGCCGCCGCCGCCUGCUCCGCGCCUUCGCGGCACCUCUGCUGCGCCACGGCGCUGCUGUCUCCCUCCGCCGCCGCGACGCCCACCCGCCGGAGCGUCGGGUACGGCCACGACACCUCCUCCACCCGCCGGUGGCCGUGCCGCCGGUGGGCUCACGCCGCGCCCCGGAUCCGGUGGCCCACGCCUCGCUCGAAGGCAUCGAGGGUGAGCUGCGCCUACAAAACCGGCGCUGAACCGAUAACUGCAUGUUCCUGGAACCAAUAUGUUAUCUGCAGUGAUGUACCUGUGCUCGUUGAGUUUUGGGCCUCAUGGUGUGGACCUUGUAAAAUGGUAGAUCGAAUUAUCAACGAGAUUGCGGAAGAGUAUGGUGGAAGGAUAAAGUGCUAUAAGCUUGACACUGAUGAUUACCCACAAACUGCAACAUCUUACAAUAUUUUGAGGGUUCCUACUGUUUUACUAUUCAAGGAUGGAGAGAAAAUACAUAGUAUUACUGGAACUCUGCCCAAAGCUGUUUAUGUGAGGGCCAUCGAGAAAUCUUUCUUGGAACAAUGAUCACUGUUGUUAGAACGUUAUAUUGUUGCUUGGUCCGGAUUCAUAUUACCAUAUACUUGAUUUAUC